AAGUAGUAAAACCCCGGCUUGGAGCGAGCCGGCGCGGCGCAGUGUGUGCUGGCUAGUGUCAUGGCAGAUGAGGAGGAAGAUCCCACCUUUGAGGAAGAAAAUGAAGAAAUUGGAGGAGGUGCAGAAGGUGGACAGGGUAAAAGAAAGAGACUUUUUUCCAAAGAAUUGCGAUGUAUGAUGUAUGGUUUUGGGGAUGAUCAGAAUCCUUAUACUGAGUCCGUGGAUAUUCUUGAAGACCUUGUCAUAGAGUUCAUCACUGAAAUGACUCACAAGGCAAUGUCGAUUGGAAGACAAGGUCGAGUCCAAGUUGAAGAUAUUGUCUUUUUGAUUCGAAAGGACCCAAGGAAGUUUGCUCGGGUUAAGGACUUACUUACUAUGAACGAAGAAUUGAAACGAGCUAGAAAAGCAUUUGAUGAAGCAAACUACGGAUCAUGACACCUUUCGUGCUUUCUCAAAUGUCAUUAUCUGGGGAAACAUAUGUAAUGGCAAAUUUUCUACAGAAAUGUCCUGCUAUCUAGGCAUGUAGAUGAAAGAUAGAGAAAUUAAGUUUUCAGCAUUUAUUUUUAUGCCUUCAAUUUUAGAAUACUAGAGACCUUAAUUGUUGCCUUUAUAUAUCUAUAUCUGAAUUACUUAUUGCAUUUUAAUGACUAUACUAAUAAGUUAAAGUACCUUGCAGAUCAUGCAGUUCUUUCUGACUUUGGACUACAUAGAUGAAGUAGUAUUUAUGUGUAGGUUAUAAUUGUGCCAUUGUAAGCAAUAUUGUUGCUAUUUAAUAUAUGAAACCUAAGUGACAUCUUUGACUAUAAUACCUGAAAUAGUGCUUCAAGUAGUCUGAAGUUUUUAGACAGUAGUAGUUUAAGAGGUUAUUAAUAAUAAUGAACUGGCAUUUGUUUUAGGAUAAUAUAGGAAAAUAUAGUUUUGUAAGAAUUUUGUCUUAAAAUAUGAUUUGUUUUUAACAUUGUUCAGAUAAGUGUUUUGUUUUUUUUGAAAAACAAAGUUUCGUGUAAGUGCUUUUGUAUUGAAAGAUUUUUUUUUUAAUUUAAAAACUUUCAUGGCUUGUAACAUGCUGUAUGUGAAGAUUUAGAAGAAUCUAUUUGCCCAGAUCAGCUUAAGCUUCUAAAAAUAAAUACAUUGAGUAGCAGGAAUGGGAUUGCUUAAAAAGCUUAUGGCAGGAUUAGCAUUUGAAAUAGUGUUUUAUUAACAUUUGUACAUACUUGUCCAUUGUGAAAUGUGUAUUUGACUAAAACCAUGUGUGGCAGUGGAAACCCCUUUUGUAGUUCAGAAAUACCAAUUUUGUGUUUCAUUUAUUGUAUCAAAUUACUGCUCUUAGCUUGAAAUAAGGGUUGAAAUUACAUUUAAGGAGAUUACUGAGUGUGAUUCUGUGAAGCUGAACUUUUUGUGUGCUGCUUAUAAGUGUUCUCUAUCCUUGGGGAACAAUUUUACUUUCUUAAUCUAUUUGAAUGAGUAAUGAAAAAAUAAACAGAUUAAUGCUUGA